AUGGAAGACUCCCCGAUUGGGAACGACCGUGCCCUGAACAGCUCCCUGGCAGCGACCACGAUGAAGAACGCGAAGACGGAUCCCGUUCGGAUCGCUCCGCAACCGGUGGCAGUGGACGAGUCAUGCACGAGCGGACGGCCGAACGGUCCAGCGCCUGACAGCAUGGCGCCUACGGAUGUCCCGGCCACGGAAAAGGAAGACGUGGACAUGGGCCAGACGGACGUGUAUCUGUACAACGCUCCGGCCCUCCCGAAACAUCCUACGUUCAAGGGACCAAGGAGGAACGCCCCAGACAACGGCCCUUACCGUGGGGCUAAACCGUUCGUCAUGUCGGUGAAUGUAUGCAUCGAUCCAGAUAGCAAGCACCGUAUUGCUGAGUGGGAUAUCGGUAAGGACCCGUGUGGCGUCGACCCACGGGCGCUGGACACGCUCAAGAAACGGAUCAAGGCGGCUGUUGUGUUUGUCAUGUCCGUACAUGAUGCCGACUCACGUAUUGGGAAUAUGUUGGAUGGACUGGCAGCCGCCAUCCGUCGCGACCGUCGGGAAUGGGUGAUCAAGGAAGAAAGCCCAGCGAUCGUCAAGAUCAUUACGGCCGCGGUCAAGCCAGUGUCGCUCCAUCGUGCCGUGACUGAGUAG